AUGGCCGACCGAUUUCCUUCAUUAGAUGAGCUAGGGGAUCAGCCUCUACCAACCACCAGCGAUGGGCCGCCUCCGACCGGUGAUGGGGACGAUUUCUUAGCCCGGGAACGUGCUGCUCUGGGAGACGAUGCAGACCAGUUUGUUUCAGCCAAUGAUCACAUUAAAUCGCCUACGGUCGAAGAUGACGGGGAUGAUCUUCUCGGCGACGGGGAAUUCCAACAGGGCGAUGCAGAUACCGCAGGUUUUGAGUCCUCAUUUCCGGCGUUGGAAUCACAAAAUGAGCAAGUCGCUCCCGGCGGCACCAUUACGGGCACAGACACUUUCCAGCAGUCUUACUCCACAUACCAAGAACCCGAAGAAGAGGCAGAAGCUGUCCGUGAAUGGCGUACAAAGCGCGACGAAGAAAUCGCACGCCGUGCGGCCGUCUCUUCCGAACGCAAGGCCGCAACGAUCAAGAAAGCCCAAGAAGACAUCGACGACUACUACGAAUCCUACAACAAACGCACAGACAAGGCAAAGGAGCGCACCCGCACCGAAGCAGAGGACUUCCUGGGCAAACCGGGAAGACACAGCGGGCUGGCGGGCACUAGCUGGAACGUAUUGCCAAAUUAG